CCUUCACAGUAGUUGGGUUGGGGAAAGAAUAAUUGGCUCGAUCAUUUUCAUUUCAGAAAGUCGUUGCAUUCUUCCGCUGGUGGGAUCAAUCAAUCAAGCACAGAGCUCUCCACUGAUAGAAAUGGCUGCGCUCAACGGCAAAUGGGUCAAGCUCGAACAGGAAGGCAAAGGGCCAGGCGCACGUAGCUCCCACGCCGUCGCCCUAGUCGGCGACAAGGCCUACGCGUUCGGCGGCGAGUUCGCACCACGCGUCCCCGUGGACAAUCAGAUCUACGCCUUCGAUCUCAAAACCCUCACCUGGUCGGCUCCCGAAACCACCGGCGACGUCCCCCCGCCGCGAGUCGGGGUCACGAUGGCCGCCGUCGGCAAGACGAUCUACGUCUUCGGCGGCAGGGACACCGAGCACAACGAGCUGAACGAGCUCUACGCCUUCGACACGGAAACCAGCCAGUGGACCUUGCUCUCGAGCGGAGACGCCGGGCCGGCCAACCGGAGCUACCACUCCACCGCGGCGGACGACCGCCACGUGUACGUCUUCGGCGGGUGCGGCGUCGACGGCCGGCUGAACGAUCUGUGGGGUUACGACGUGGUGGAGGGGAAGUGGGUCGGGUACCCGAGCCCGGGAGAGGGAUGCAAGGGGCGAGGCGGGCCUGGGCUCGUUGUGGCCCAAGGGAAGAUUUGGGUCGUGUAUGGGUUUGCAGGGAUGGAAGUGGACGACGUGCAUUGCUACGAUCCGGCCCAGAAGAAAUGGGCCCAUGUGGAUACCGCGGGGGAAAAGCCCACUGCGAGGAGUGUUUUCUCUACUCUUGGGAUUGGGAAGUACAUAGUGAUCUAUGGAGGGGAAGUUGAUCCCAGUGACUUGGGGCAUAUGGGCGCCGGGAUGUUCGCCGGAGAUGCUUAUGCAUUGGACACCGAGACGUUGUCGUGGAAGCGGCUGGAGGAUGGCGGCGGCGGUAGCGAGAGCCAUCCGGGUCCGCGGGGAUGGUGUGCUUUCGCCGGCGGGGAGAUGAACGGAGAGAAAGGUUUGUUGGUGUAUGGUGGGAAUUCGCCUAGCAAUGAUAGGCUUGGUGACAUGUACUUCUUCACUCCUUCCUCGGAGGUUAUUGGUGUGUAGUUUUUACUAGAAGUGUGGCUGUGAUUAUGAGUGUUUUGGAGCUUUGAAGGGGAGUUUGUGAAAAGGAGUGUGGAAUAAUGAAUAAAAAUCCCUUUUGUGGAGUGUUUGUGUAGGUGAAGAACAAUGUAACUGAAUUGUGUGAUGUUUAAUGUGUGGUGUAGUUCCUGUUGAAUCUGCUACUUCUUCGCUUCUGUCGAUUAUGAAUCAUGGCGCGAGUUGAGUUUGUGAGUGGUUACAUUUACGUAUCAAACAAGAUCGAAUUUGCUCCGAUAUAUAGAUGAUAAUGAGAUCAGGGUUGUUCGAGUCACAUAUAAACCUAGCAGGGGAAGGCACGUCAAGCAACAGGUCGAAUUCACGAGUUAUGAACCACUUCUCGUGGGUUGGGUUUUAGUCCAGGGUUAGCGGUUUCGGUUUUAGUCCAACGAUACAAUGUGAUCGUCGUGAGAGUUAUAAAUGUCAAACGCACACUAAGAUGGACAAUAGAUUAUUGCAAGAUAAUAUUUCGCUAAUAUUAUUUUGUGGUAAUGUCACUAAAAGAUUACUAAAUCGUGUCAUGCUUAGUCAUUAGAAAAUUUUAAUAUCAAUUUUGGUCACUCGAAUUACCGAAACAGGUCACAUUUAGUCACUCUUCCGUUAGCCUCGGUCCAACUCCAUUAGUCAAACUCCAUUAAUGGAGUUGGACGGGAACUAACGUGAGACUGACUAAAUGUGACAUGUUUCA